AUAUACACUGCCAGAAGUAAACUAAGAAUGAAUAUUCUAGAUGAAAGUAUCGUUCAAGUUGUCGCUGAAAAUGUUAAACCCCGAGAUAUAAUCGCCAAAACUGUCGUUAAGAUGAAAGUGGAGAAAAACGAUGACGCAUUUUACGUCAUGGAUAUUGGGGAGGUCGUCAGACGUUUUGAGGAAUGGCAAAGUUUACUACCACGAGUUCAUCCUUUUUACGCUGUUAAAUGUAAUUCACAUCCAGUGAUUCUUACAGUACUAGGUGCACUUGGCUCCGGGUUUGAUUGCGCUAGCAAGUCAGAAAUAGAAGAUGUACUAAAUAUUGGUGUUCCAGCAUCUCGCAUCAUUUAUGCCAACCCUUGCAAAUCCAAGACGCAUUUACAAUUUGCUGCUGUUAAAAAAGCAGGAUUGAUGACAUUUGAUGACGAGUAUGAACUCCACAAAAUCAAAGAAGUAUACCCAGAUGCGAAAUUGGUUAUACGAAUUAAAGCUGACGAUCCCAGCGCAUUGGUUAAUUUCAGAAUAAAAUUCGGAUGUGAUGUGAAACAUGCAAGACAUCUUUUGCAAGUAGCGAAACAGCUGAGUCUCAACGUUGUUGGCGUGAGUUUUCAUGUUGGUUGUUUAUGCCGAGAUGCUACAGCCUACGCAACAGCUAUUGGUUUAUCACGACUGGUAUUCAACUAUGCUGCCGAUAUUGGAUUCAACUUUACCCUGCUCGAUAUUGGGGGAGGGUAUCCAGGUGAUGGAAAAAAGCCUAUUACGAUUCAAUGUAUAGCAGAGCAAAUCAAUCAAGCACUAAGUGAACACUUUCCAGAUGGAUGUGGAGUUACAGUUAUCAGUGAACCAGGUCGUUAUUUUGCAUGGAGUACCUGUACUUUAUGUGUGAAUGUAAUUGGCAAGCGUGUUAAAGAAAUUGACAUGAAAUCCGUUGGUGAAGGUACAUUAAAAGAAAACACGGAUUGCAUGGAAGUGAGCCAUAUGUAUUAUUGCAACGAAAGUAGAUAUCUGUCAUUUGGAAUAUUGCUAACCUUGCAGUCCAAAAUUGUUCCAAUAUUAUUGAAG